AUGUCUUUAGCGAGCGGCACCAGGAGCGGCUUCUCAGUCAGGGACAUUCUGGACUUACCCGCCGCUUCCGGUUCGGACGACCCGGAGGAGGCCGACACCGACGAGACUCCCGCGAAGGCUCCUUUCGGACGAAACCGCGAACUGGACCACCUGCAGCUGUCAGUGCACGCGCGUCAGGAUGCGUCCGUGGACGCGCGGCGGGAGACGGCGAGCGGCGCGGCGGCGCGGCAGUCCGGCGGCAAGAAGCGGCGCGUCCUCUUCUCCAAAGCGCAGACGUCCGAGCUGGAGCGGUGGUUCCGGCAGCAGAGGUACCUGUCCGCCACCGAGAGGGAGCACCUGGCCGGCCUCAUCCAGCUGACCCCGAACCAGGUGAAGAUCUGGUUCCAGAACCACCGCUACAAGAUGAAGAGGGCCCGGGUCGAGCGCAGCCUGGAGGCGCUGCGGCUGCUGCAGGCGCGGAGGUUCGCCAUUCCGGUUCUGCUGCAGGACGGCAAGCGCGCCGAGCGGGUCAGAGGUCAGGACCUGCGUCUGAGCCUUCCUGUGUGCGCGUACGCGCACGUGCCGAACCCGGAGCAGGCCGGCCUGAGGCAGCUGACGCAGACCUGGACCGGCUGGACCUGGUGAAGCGGGGCCGGACCGGUCCGGGAUUUGACUCUUUCGAUGUUGAUGGACUUUCUGUGUUGACAAGAAGAAAAAACACGUGAGCAAAUCUUCAAAUUCAAGCACUUUUUUUUCUUUCGA